AUGUCAGACACCCAACAGUUCUCGGCCUGUCUUAUUGUUGGCCCGCGCUACCAUCCGCGUGCUCGCGAAGUUGAAUCCGUAACCUUCCCCCAGGGUGUGAGUGGCGACUUGGGACAACGGGUCGCCUCUCCAGACUAGACAUUUCUGCUAUUGUAUGUAUCAUCUUCUGGUAAGCAAUCUAAUCAAGUCUUCGAGUGGUGCGGGAACGCUAACCACUAUCUGUGCAACACUUCACCACGCGAAAUGCGCCGUCGGCACGUCUCCUAAGACCAUUUACUUCGGUAGAUUUGGUCCUUCUCGACGAACAAUCAUACAUCGCACUUAACUUGGAAGAGAUAUCAUUGGUUAAUUUGAUGCAUUGGACUUCCGAUCUUGGAUAAAAUAUGUGAGUACAAUUGCGCUGACUGUCUAUCAAAUUGACGCAAAAUUCAUUCCAGUUUUCGAAGCCUGAAACUUUUGAGUUGUAUCUGAGUAAAUGGUUUAUCUGAUUAGAUCCAUGUCAUACGUCAGUAGAUGAACAGCUUUAGUCCAAUUUGCCCAGGCAGGUGACUUUGUUUUCACUGGCUACUGACUGUUCUAGGAGUUGAAAACUUGACUGAGAAAAUCGUUAACGGCGCGAAAUCUUAACAAAUGAAUAAUUACUGAACGUCCGGAUUAACUGUGUUUCAGACAUUUUCGUGAUGGAAAGAACCGUUUUGAAUAAACAUGGGCGCAUCCUUCUGAUGCUGAUGAAAAUCAAUUUAUAACAUGUGUACUUCGUAAAACAACGGCGAAGACCAACGCGAAAGACCAAAACACCGGGCAUCUAACCAGUCUUCGACAUGUGGAUAAAAGAAUAACGAUAAGUUGAACAGAAGUCGAUUAAAUAAUGAAUAGCAGGUUUACUCCGCAAUUUCUUUGAGCGAUAUCCUGACCAAUAAUGAUCCUAUGAAACAUUUACUGGCUGAUAAUUGGUAGAAUUACAACGUCAGUGCACUUUCCUAAAUCCAAAGAACAAUAAAAUAUGUCCCGUUGUGUGUACAGUAGUCUGCGAUCAGAAUAAUCUGUAGUGACCUCUUGGAGUCAGUUAGAAUACCACUAUGGCAGUGUACGUACUUGCACUUGACAGAAUAUUAUAGAAUAUGCGCCACGAGCUUGCUGCACUAAUUAGGUGUCUAGGUCCUUUCCUUGUUCUAAACAAACGUCAGCCAUAGGCUUCGCAAAAGACAUCCCAAAGGUUUAGCAAAUUGUUUUACAAUUUCUGCCCUCCUCAGCUCUUUUUAUUAUACCCAUCACUUCUCGAAGCACCCCGGUAUAAUUUGUGACCGGACAACAGCUGAAAACACCGCGAAAUAAAUGGAUGACCACGUAAAUGUUAAAUUCCAUUGUGAUGCAAUAGGUGAAGUCAUAUCUCGUUGGAAAACUGUAAGGUGUAGGAUAGUUUAAAGUUACUAAAUAGACGUUACCUUAAUUUAAUUUAUACGCAUAUGAAGCCAGUAGUUUAAAACCACAUGUUAUUCGACGGUCGGGGAUUUCGCUUAUUGCCCUACAAUUAACUGACAACAAACCGCUAAUUUGGCAAGAUUGGAUGAUGACUAGAAGGUGCGAUUGGUUGUCCGUUUCGUUCUUCACGAGGGAUUACAUAUAUCUGGUAUGUGUCAGCUCUGCUCUUCUCGAGAUGAAUUGAGGAAAGUCUCCAAACUCCCUCCAGAUGCUGGUGAAAUUAGUGAUAAGUCCUUUAUCUGCGCGCGCAUUGCUCCAUCGGAGGUGUAAGAGGCCUUAGACCAAAGCCAAUUUGUCAUAGAGUACUGUCAUGUUAAACGAUCCCAACAUGGUCUGUGAAAGCACGUGCUGUGGACAUUCAGAUAGCGUCUGAGUGCCUUUCACGGAUCUACCCCGAUUGUAGAACGACGAUUGGCGUUUAGCUGCCGUUUCGCGAUGGCCAACAGACUCAGGUUAAAAUCUCAAUGUGAUGGUCUGCUUGAUGAUAAAUGAUGAUGGAAGUGGCCAUUCUAAGGUCACUUGUAACCGUCAUUGCCGUGGCGCCAUCCUUAAAAUAUUACCAUUUUUUCUUUGUAAAAUAUAUUCCAUGCAGUUAACUUUCUGAUUCCCGUCCUGGCAAGUCGUUUAUUUUUGUUCCUAGUAUUUGCUUAAUAGGAGCUUUUGCCAAAAUUGCAUAGGCAAGCAGACUAAAUUGUGAAAAACCUAGAGACGUCUGCCCAGAGGUGUAAUGAUCGUAGAAUAUACUCUAGGAUUCUGUUGAUCGUAGCACGAUAAACUUGGCGAUGGGGACCUUCGCCAAAGUGACACAGAAAUGUGAACAAAUACAACUUACUUAUUUCUUUUUAGUAACCAAAUUAACCACUGUACUUGUCUAACUGUUUGACCGCCUGACGCCACUGGGUAUUCCUGGAUCCCCGUCUUUAGCGGCCUGCCAUGAAUUCGCCUUCUGAGCCCCAACGACUAGCAGGGUCACUGUUUAAAAAGAAUAAAUUAAACGGGUUGGUAAAAGGAGGUUUAAUUGUAUUUAUUAUAGAAAAACUUGCAUGCUUAUUGAAAAGGUUUAAAAAUGGAUUGAAACCAUCUCAGGCGUCUCGUCCAGCAAAUCAAAUGUGAACACUUUAGUUAACCAUAGGACACGAAUUGAAUACUUGUUAAAGUUUCGAUGGGUAAGUACUUGGGUUUCAAAGAUAGGUCUCUUCACAGAUGUCUAGCAUGCGAAAAACGUUUAAACCUCUCAGAAACAGGCACAGUCGAUGAGGAGAGUCAGGUUCAUUCAUUCACCGGUCAGAGACUGAGCUCGAGAUUCUCCAACUCAGCCUGCGUUAACCGUUCUACACAUCCUAUUAUGUGUGGGAGUUCGAAUCUAUGCAUAUUAUAGUAAAAGAACGUCGAUAGGUCUUCUAUUUAUUCGUUGUCAGUACAGUGUUCGAAAUUCUGUCAGUCGUCACGAUUCCUUCCAAAUUCUCAAAAAAUAAAUAGCACUUCUGUUCGAACCCAAGUGAUUCUGAUUAGAUGACUCAGAGAGCUCUGGUAACACAUCAGUCCUGAGGCUCUUCAGAGGCAGUUAACCUUCCAUUCAAGUUGUCAAAGCCAGCGGGAAACUGAAUUUCACUUCCUGAUCUGAACUCAUCACUUCCGUUCCUGUCAUUUUCAGACUACCGAUGCAGACCGAUUUUUCGUCUAUGAAGCUGAUGCCGGUCUGGGCUUCCUCAUGCUUCGUCUUUUUGGUUGGUCUGUCACCUUGGGCGCCUGUAUAUUCACAGUCUUCCAUCACAGGCAGAAGAUGAGAUUCUACUCUGCCUUCAUACCGACUAUUUCUUUGUGGUGAGUGACGUCUGUCUCUACAAACUCAUUAAAUUUGCUCCAUUAAAAAAAUAUGAAAUUGGCACCGGUUAAUUCUAAAAUUGGAAAUCUGUGAUUAUAAAUAUUAUCUUUGGCCACUUCUCGAAUAAGAGUUAAAAAGUGUUGUUUUGAUCGCCGAGGAUUGACUGUAGUCCAUACCAACCCCUCUAUUAUUCCUUUCCGUCAUCUAUUUGUCAGGAAGUGAACUAGCUGAAGAAAAGGACUCUUACUAUCGUAGAGAGAUGCUCACCAAAUGCUUUAAGGGUUGUAAUAUAAUAAUAAUAAUAAUAAUAAUAAUAAUAAUAAUAAUAGUGUAUUUAGUGUAAUAGGCAAUGCCCUUGAUGACCCUAUUAAAAACAGUACGUACGAUGUAAAUUUUAAAUGCAUAACUUACUAAAAUUUUGUCAGUACCAUAUUUGUUUACGGAAAACAUUUUUACUGUGCGAGGCUGUGAAGGCUGCGGCAGGGGGGUCUUUUCAAUGCGCAUAUGAGAUUUUAAGUGUAAUUAUAUACAAUCAGCAUAAAGUGCUGGUGAAUCAGGUUGUACUCGCCUUUCCACGAUAUCUUAUACGCCCGAUCGCAACUGACAUGUCAGCGGGUCCGUGGAUCAAUAGUUAGAGCGUUGAGCUAGCAACCAAAACAAUGCAAGUUGGCAACUAAACAAGGAAGUGGCGUAAUUCUAAUGGACAUAAAGGACCAUAUCUCAAAACUACAUCUAAUGCUAGUUCAGGCGAACAAAUUUACACUGACCGACUUAAGGAGAACAAUGGAUAUAACGUGAAAAUACGGCUAGCAGAAUCACUGUAGGGGUUGACGGAAGUAAGAACUUUGACUAAUCAGGAAUUCGAACAUCCUAAAUUAGUGGGAACAUGUAUUCCCUAAUAUUAUUGUUUGAAAAAGAACUAAAACGUUUAUUCUAAACAUGUAAAAUUUGCCGCCCGGUGGCAGCUAAAUGCCUUGCAAUUAUAGCAACACAUUGUAACUUGUCAAAGAUUUUAAGUGCGGACGGAAGAGCAACGUUCACAUUGAAUUUGGCAUUCAUGCCUGCCAAUGUGCUGUCCGCUGAAACUGUCACACACAUUUGCAAGCGCAUGGAAAAUAAAGAUUGCGAGGUGUUGAAAGCAUCACCGCCAAAGUGUGCUGCAACUGAACAAGUCCAUUUGACAGAAUAUUUAAAAGACAUAAAAGUCAAAAGUAUGGCCGUAUAUCCGGACCUAUUAGUAGCCACCUCCUGAAUUUGAAAGAAAUCCUUCAACUGAAAUUGGGCGAUUGAACUGUGCAGCUGCAGUUUUAUGGCCGUUAAGUAGAUUGUGUAACAUUGAUACUGUCCGACCUAACCGUCACAGCUCCGACGGCUCGUUUAUUUCCUCAAGCACGUCUACCAAUCAGAUUCAUCCUGGCGACGUAGAAAGAAAAGACGUCCAUCCAGCAGCUGGUUGACUGUCGACGGAACAGCCAAAGGGGGGUAUAUAUUGGAGGGAAACUUGGUCAGAACGGUAUAUGAACUUUAAUAGGCUGAGCAUCCAUGGGAAAAAUAGAGUCUGGUUCAGAGUUUUGCUGACAGAACCAAAAGGAAUAGCUCGCUAGAGGGCAUCGAUGAAGAAAUAACGACUGGUUGCGGGAAUGUGGACUCUUCACUAUAUUGCAGGUGGCAUUGCCCCAAAUUCGAGGGGCGGGUGAUGAGGUCAAUGUUUGGGAUAGGGUUAGUGCUAAAGUAAGUAUAACCUUUGAAGGAUGAGGGCCCAGGCAAGUGAAGCGCUGCGUAUCCCCCUUCUGGGCCUCAAGGACGGCAACCGUCUGCUAUGCUAAGAUCAACAAACAUCGGUCUUCACAUCCUGGUGCGCACUGGCAGCUCUAAGACAUCUGGUUUCUUGCCGGUAGAUACGCUUAUGCUCCCGCUUGGUAUACAGGUCGUGAGCACGGCUACCCAUUCUGACCCGUUAUUGUGUUGCUGUUGUUGGUUAAAAUCCUGGUCCAGUGCUGUGUGGACCAGGGGUGUGGGAUAGAGCGCAAAGGUGCGAGCUCAGCCACGCCAUCCACUUACGUCCUACCCAUCUCCGGUCUUCUAGAUUUUGUCUUGAUGCCGGGUCCCACUGGGGGAGGAGGGGAGAGUGCGGUAGAUGCAGCGCAAGUCUACAUCCACUAAAAAACAACUUACACACAAAUCGCUGUCUCUGUUCUCAUCCUCCUGUGGGGCACACGGUGGACACAUCAUCUACAUCAACGGUCGAGAUGUCUUUAUGGUAUGUAGGGUUGGGGUUAGGUGAGGUAAUGUUAGCCUCGGGGUUGGAAGUAAGAAUAUGAAGGUUAGGGUUAGGGUUGAAGACCAGAUACGGAAAUUUGAUCCUCCCAUGCGCCAUGCUACCGAGAGAGGGUCAAUAAUUCCGUGUCCGACAGAAUUAAGUAGUAUCCGCGGUAUGCUGAAGGAGAGGAGCCACCCAGAAAGAUGUAAUGCUGCAAAUUUAGGACAGAUUGUUGCUGAAAAUAAAGGUCUCAGCUGUGACUUCAGUAUGUCGGGUCGUUUCAGGCGCAUUAACGGGUACCAAAGUCGACGUUCACUUGCCUACUGCCUGGGUCAACGAACAGGGGUAGAGAAAAGACAAGCGGCGGUCAACCGGCCUUCAUGUGAAUUUACUCCUUCGAUAGCCCCUGUUAAGCAUGCCUUACCAAUUUAGUGGCCUGAUAAGCGAACGUUAAUAUGUAUGAACGGUUUGAGGAAGGCCAAUCUGGGUGGAUAACCGUGUGAACCGGGACCCCCAGGUAGCCGAAGAACUGAAAUUUCUUUUGACAUCGCCAGAAAGGGUGAAUGGCAAUACAACUGCACAUCCAAAUGCUCUGCGUGCAAAAUAAUCUCGUGUGCGGUCUGUAGGUACGAGGGCCAAAUACUGACAAUCCGGAGACCCCCAACAACGCUCUAAUUCAGUCACUCAUUGUGGCGUGGUAUCCCGGAUUCCACUUAUCUUCACUAUACCCGCUCCUGAACAGUCCAUACCAAACGACCCAGUCUCUAUCGCUUCGUAAUUUCAUCGGCCAUUUUUCGGAAAUCCAAUUUUACCUAAUUGCCUUUUUUCUCAAGCUUAUGCUCUGGAAGUAGAGCACAAAACUGAAGUUAGCUUUUAAGAGGGACUUGAAAGUUUCUCAUGGGGUUUGAUUGUUGAUUUCGACUAUGUCCAUCGUGUGCUCCACAGCAGGGUGAGAGUAGGGGCAGUCACAUGCGCAUGAAUUUGUUUCUAGCGAUAUUACGCUUGCGAGGUUUCAUCUGUACUCUCUCCUCCUCUCGCACCCGGAGUCAAGAAGACCAGAUGCGGGAGAGGAUGCAGGUGACUGGCAAGGCGUAGAUCCACGCCUAGGCGUACCACCACGUCCUUUGGUCAACAACUUAUGUACACUAGUGAGGACUGUGAACAGCAACACAAAGGAGAAGGCGUCUUGGAUCCAAAUUAUCGCGGCUUGCGCCUGCACAUGCGCCUGCCGUACUCCGAUCUAGCGUCCCGUGUUAAUCCAGCGGGUUUACGGUGUGACCCGCUUUAGGGCACAUUGAGCGCUGAUACUCGGUUUUUGGCACACAGUCGUCCCCAGUAGACCUUUGUGAGUUCUUUGCAUUAGACAGUCAAGGAAGACCAUUUCGAGAACAAGUGUGCCGUUUUCAGCUCCGUUUGAUGCAAGCAGAAAUCAGCCAGACUCCUCAGCCUUCAGGAAGGCAAGCAUUUCAUCAUCGUACAGUCAUAAUCUUUUUUAGUGUGGCUUGAGGCUUACAGGUUAUUGAUGGAUGCUCGUACAGACUCAACGCCAAAAUCGGUUUAUCCAAAUUUUUCAGAACGGGGUUACGCUGGCCGUCUAACGUUGGCUGAAAACUCAGCAUCUUUUCACCCAGUGUCAAGUUUGCAAUACGGUCUUCCCAAGUCAAAUUCAAUUAUUUCCAACCGAUAACGGGAGAUUAGUCGGUCUCUAUCCCACUAUUCUGAAAUUACGUAAAAAAGCUCUUUCGCGAACGUGGCUAACGUGGCAUAUUCAAAUAACAUCUAGACAAAUCUAUCUUCGGCAAAUAGGCAUUCGGAGAUGGCAUCGGCAACGAAAUGCUAUCAGCGGUCGUGGCAAGGAACACUAAAACAACAACUGCCAACUACAGAGGACUCAUCGGAAAUUUGUCCACGCAGUCCGCUUCUGUUUAUACAAAAAUUUAAUCCAUUUUCAAGCGCAUCUGUUCACUUUUCCGUUUCAUUCUGGUAAAUUUGGGAUUUAUCCAUCUCCACGUGCAAUGUUAAGUAUGCUGCUAACUAACAGGCUUGAAGAAAUUUUACACAAAACGCACGUUCGCAGAAGGGUCCUUCGAAUCAAUAAAAAGGAUGUUUACUCAUCCAAAACCGGUUUUAAUUCAUACUAUAUAAACCAGAACCUUGAAGUCAAGAAACCUCGUUUUGGUGCCGAAUGACGAAGUGUUGACCUUGUUUCGUAAUAUCAUCCGUUUGAAUGCGCCUCAGCGGGUAUAAUCUACCUCGCGAUGGUUUAUGAUUUCGGUCUUUGUCAUGUAUCUGGGUGUUUCAUGCGGCCAUUAAACAUGCACCCUUGUCUUUUCCCAUACAGGUACCUGGUCCUGCCUUUAACUGUUUUAAUGGUCAAGGGCAGCAUCGUCGACUACAAUCGAGCAAGGAUUGUUUACGCUGUCGAGUUAAUCCUCGAUCUCUUCGCAAGUGUCGCAAUUUUGGUAAGUCACCCCAAUAGAACAGCUAGCGUCCCUCGGUAUAUGCAUUGCGUUUUAACAAUGCGAUGUCAUAUUCCAGACCCGUUUCUUUUUUCAGUUGCAAGCUUAAAAGAGAUGCAUUCCGCGUCACAUAUGGAGUAAUCUGCGCAGAAAAAGGCAGGGCGAUAAUGUCCUUUUAUUAUUCUGAAAGACAAAGAUUCACGGAAGGUGUGAAUUAUAAAAAGAUCAAACAUCGGUUUGCGUUGGGUAGAUAAUGAAAAGAUUGUGCGAUGUAGGGGUUGCGUGCGGUUGACAUCAUCAUGCUAAUCCAGCGAGCGGGCCAGUCUUAUUAAAUACUGCAUGAUGUGGAAAGAGCGGAUUUCAGGGGUAUGGUUGACUGACGACGACACCUAGGCUAGAAGACGCUAGUACAGUCAAACUUGUCUUUGAUGAUAUUCCUCCUCGUCUUCUCGCUCCACUUGGAGUUAGGGUUGCCCACAGGCCGGUAGCAACAAUCGGGCACCGAGUCAUGAGGCCAGAAGACCCACUGCCACGGCAGGAAACAUCAGGAGUCAUUUACCGGAUGCGGUGCAGUUGCGGACAAAGCAACUACGUCGGGAAAACAGGGAAAUUUCCCCGGACGCGAAUGGUGGAGCACGCAGUAGUAGUAAGUUGGGAGACGCUUGCUCUCAGGGGGUCACUCGACGGGACCCGGCCAUAUUUUAAAGUUUCAAGAGGCGGAAAUCCUCACAAGGGGUGACAACCGCGUGAGCCGCUAGUUGCUCGAGUCAUGGUUUUCAGGUCCGCAAUCUAUCAACAAGAGCAGUGAACUCCCGUUACCGUAUUCCGUGCGGCGAUUUUCCCUGAGCAGGGGGACAGUCACGUGGGGAGGGCGCGGGCGAGCAAUUAUUCCAGUGACACUGAGCCAAUUUGUCGAGCAAUCGUCACACUAGCAUCUAACACGAUGACGAAGUCGCAGCUAUUAACGACGCGGAUGCGGAUUGACAAACCACCGUCGCAUCAUUUAGGACCCCAGCGGUGAUUUCGAGAGCUGUUUAUUACAAUGCAGCCACUUGCUAUAAAUACUGCACUCCUUGUGCCACUAUUAGCCUUAUCUGCGUCUGUCCCUGAUGAUGUGUGCGAGUGUGAAUCCGAAACGUCGGGCGAAUAAAUUUCUUGUUCCAGUAAGCGCAUCUUUGUCUUCUGAGAUUCCUCUUCAUUGUUGAUUGACUGUCCCGCAAGUACCUAGAUAAAGCACCACUUUCACAUGGCUCUGAUGCCUUUCACUUGUCCGCUCCUCAACUUGUCUUUUUCUGAUGAAAGUAAGUAGACCAGCAACGGACCAUGCAAAUUACACUCUAAACAGCCCCUUCAGUUUUCCCAGAAUAUAUGUUAGGUCAGUUGUUUUGGUCGUGUCCGCUGGUGGUCCACCGCUGGUCAUCGGUUUCUUGUUUAAAAAGCACUGGGCUACUGUUAUAAUUUUAGUAACAUGUCAGUGACGCGUAAUUGCACUCAGGGGAGGUUGUGGGGCCAGCUGUAUUGGGCGCCAAAAGUACAGAAUUCAGAGGACAGGGCAAAAACACGUUUGCGGGAGAAGGGUAGCAAUACUUUUGGCUGACUAUGGCGAAAGGUCGAUGGGCCCACAUCUGCAAAUGGGAUGGGAUUGGCCGACGUCUAGACUGAAGUUACACCCGCUCUGCCCUACACACGCGGAUUAAGACAUCCCAGAUCUUUUGCAUGCGGGUGCAACACAAGAUGCAGAGCAGAAGCACAUAAUGCCGACCGGGUCACAGGACCGAUAGAUCAUCGUGCAAGUUCUUGUGGAUGGCAGGCCUAUCAUGUACAUUUGACGACCUACAUAAAAUCUGCCUGUUGGAUGCCCUUAUCGAUCGUGUGGAGCAGGAAGAACGUUAUGCGCGUUAUCGGAAAUGCGCGCCCCAUAACAAAUGCCAACAUGCGGCGUGUGGGGACAGGCCCAGUUACAGGCUCACAUCGAGUCAGUAUAUUUUAAGGGUAACAGGCGAUGCCUUUGAAAGCCCUGUUGAUUACUUUAAAUAAACAUGGUACUAAACUGUUGUCAGUAAUAUAUACUUAACAUAAUAUUAUAAUUUGAAAAUGCAGGACCGAAACUCGAGAAUAUUCAGUUGUAGAUGAUAUCGGUAAAAUGAAAUGACAGUCAUCCGCAUUAGCGGUAGGUGUAUGCAAGGCGUUGGUUUGGCACAACAGAGCUGUUCUGUCCAGACAAGCGGUAUUUUCCAAGCGCUAUUAUUCGUGGUUAAGUGUUUAUUGUGGACCAGAGGACGUGUUGGUACGCCUCCCCCCCCUGGGUUUUCGCCGCGCCAACCACCUACGCUCUCUUCUACCUCCAGUCUUCUUGACUUCGUCAUGUCACCGGCCGCAGGGGGAGGGGAGGAGAGAGUGCCGUGGAUGAUCUGAAAUUCUACUGUCGCUACAAACCAAUCCACGCACAGGCCACCGCACCUGCUCUCACACCGCUAUGGAGCACACGGUUGACGCCAUUGGCAACAGCAGUCGAACCGCCGUGUGAGCGGCGCCUAGUCGUUCAGGGAAAAGACCGAGGUAGUUUAAGGGUACAUUUGAUGCAGUAAACCGUCGAACACAACCAAGAGGCAGAGACCUUGGGAGUUAUGUGAUUUGCUGAAAAAUACCCUCUUAAGUCGGCAUAGAAUGCGCAGCGGGCAGAAAUACAGUUUGGAUGUGAAUGGGACUGGAAUGCAAGUGGUUUACAGGACGUAAGCGCCCCAAAAGAGCCAGCCCUCAAAGAAUGGGGUCUGGUCAUCAGGAAAACGAUGGAGAAAUCUGAUCAGAAGAAGAAGCGAUCGCUGGAACAAGAGCUUUAUUCGCCUGAAGUUUCAGAUUCCCACUUGAACCCAUCAUCAAAGACAGAAAAGGGUGACUCGUGCACAAGAAAUUGCAGUAUUUAUAGGAUGCAGUCGCUAUGCUACCGCAUACCUAUAGCAAUUAACCGCGCUCCCCUUCAUCAAGGAUUGUUGCCCGCUGGUGCGCUUAUUGGUUGAUAGCCGGCAUGCAAGUUGUUUAUUGCUGAAAUCGCAUCACCCGUGUUGGAUGCUGGCGUGAUGAUUGCUGGGCCAUCUGGCUCAUCGGUUUGCGCGCUUCCCAAGUGGUCAAUUACUUUAGCCAGCCUAUGCCUCAGCACGGAAUAUGGAGUGGGCAUGUCGUUGCACUUGUUGAUAGACUGAGAUCCCGUGAACCAUGACUCAAGCAACUCGCGGCUCCCGCGAUUAUCCCCUCUCGCGAGAAUUUCGGCCUCAUCGAACUUGAAUGUGUGGCCGGGUCUCGUCGAAUGGGCCGCGACCUGAGAGUUGGCGUUAUUUCUCCGUACCGCCGCCACGUGUUCGGCGAUUCGCGUCCGUAACAGUCUUCCAGUUUCUCUGACGUAGUUACUUUGUCCGCAACUGCACAAGAUCCGGUAAAUAACUCCAGAUGUUUCAUACCGUAGCAGUGGGUCUUUUGGUCUCAUCCCUUGACGCCUCAUGGUGGCCCCCGGUCUGUGUGCCACUCCAACCCCAAGUGGUGCAAGAAGGCGGCUAACGGCCUCGGAGACGUUCUUGAUGUACGGGAUCGUUCGCCAGAAUUUGGGGUCGGCACGGUUCUGUCUCUCGUCUCGUUUGCGCAUACACCGGUUGAAGAAGUUGCGCGGGUAACCCUUCUGUUUGAAAACCCGUCGAAGAUAUUGGGAAUCGGCAACCUUGUCAUCCGGUUCACUGCAGUGCGACUCAACACGCCGAUAUAGCAUUCUUACGCAACUGCGUUUGUGGCUGGUUGGGUAGUUACUGUUGAAGUUCAGUAGUUACGUCGUGCUCGUCGCGUUUCUGAGCAUUUUAGUCUUUAGGCAACCACAAUCUUUGCGACAGACAAGGACACCAAGGAAUGCCAGCUGGUUAUUUUCUUGCUCCUCCAUCGUAAACUGCAUGUACGGGAAGACGCUGUUCAGACGUUUCUUGAACGUUGGCACCUGAUCCCGUUCGAUGACGACGAAGGUAUCGUCCACAUACAGAGCCGAGAAAUUCGGUCUGUGGGGUUGGAAAAAUCUGUUGACUUCCAGAUCCUGUUUGCACAAACUUUGUCGGUUUUCGACAUCAGUAUGCGAAAUGCGACGUCGUAAGGACGAGGAAGUAAGCGACACGAGGCGUCCUCUUUAGGAUUCGAUUCUGAAAGAAACCGGAAGGAAAGCAAGGGUGCAGUGGACCAGAAGACUAUACAUGUGUGUUGUGAUCCUCUGUGCAGUCCAAUUAGUUUGACUGACGCAUCAAAUUUCAUCUUGUUUUGAGGAAUUAAGACCACCUAACACCAACCCUAACCAAAAAUCGCGUAGCUAUCAUUUGCUGACAUUUCAGGCAUUUUGACUUGCCCUAAGAAUAUGAUUAUAUGUUUCAAACUACCUCGCCCAAUUAAGUAGAAAGGCAAACAAAACCUGCUCAUUUUCCACAGGGUGAGACUAAGUAAAACUCAACGUUUUCGGUUAAUAACCUUUCACUUACCUAGACCCAUCACGAAUGUCUGAAUCCAAUUUUUGGUCCAUUCUUCAUUAGAUUAGGCAAAAGUUACCGGUGGAACGUAAAUGAUAAUCUUUUUGCCAUUGAUCUAGUUACAUGUCAGCCAGGAAGUUAAACCUGUACCCUAACGAAAGCUACUAAUUUUGAAACCGAUGAUUUUUAAUGCAUAAACGAUUUUGCACGGGGAUAAGACUUACCUUGGCGACUGCUCAUCUCACUUUUGGUAGCAACUGCGAUUGAGUAGAUGUUCAUUGUGGAUCUCAUGCCUUCUGCCCACAUCAGAGAAGUGAUUGCCCUAAACCUUCUUUGAAAGCCUGAUGUCAGUUCGGUUCUCGUAACUAAUGCCGUCUGAAGGGACAUGUAUAAUAAUGACAUAGAAUCGGGAUUAAAAUGAUCUCCAUUCGUCGUCAAGCGGGUUACGGUGUUUGAUUACUUCUUCGCGUUUGUAGACAGUUUAUUUUGUCCUACCCCUUCAGAUCUUCUUGCAGCCGAGAGAUUGGAACAAGUACUUCCCCUAUCAUCUGUUCGUAAAUCGAGUGGAUAUCGUCACUUUUGAUGAGGCUAUUCGUUUUCCACCUCCGUCUGGAUUUCAAGCAAUUCAUGGCAGAGCACGGCCUGGUACUCGUGAUCGGAAUGCAGUUCGAGGGUCCACGACGACCCACCUUGAUGACAGCGACGGAGGCUGA